GACUGGCUCUUAAUGCCUGCGGAGGCGCACCUACAGCCUCCAUCGGUGAUAGCGUAGAUGUUGCAAAGUCAAACCGUGCAGACUCUGCCGUUCUUUCACUUCGGAGGCCGGUCACCGCGAUGACUCUACCGCCUGUAUGUAUAAAUGCAAGCUGCCCUAGACUCCAAGUCUGUCACAAUCGCAAGUACACUAAUCCCAACAUGGCUAGCCAGGUCCCUCAACAUCUUCCCCGUGGAAGGGCAUGCGUUCCUUGCAGACGUCGAAAGAUGAAAUGCGACGGAAACCAGCCGACUUGCAACCAAUGCAUGCGGUUCGACAGGGCCGCAGAGUGCCAGUUCGUCGAGGGACCCUCGCCCUCCACUGCCCGAGUCCUCGAACAACACAUCUCCCGGCUGCAGUCUCGCAUCCACGAGCUCGAGCAGGAUGAUCCGAACCUCGUCCGACUUCGUAACCCGUACGAAAAUGUUCCCGCCGCCAGCAGCAGCGGCGGUAACACUGCGGUAGCCCCCCAUGCAGCUCAGCCUAACUGGUGGGAGACAUCCGACCCGCCCACGCAGAUGCAACAGACACUCGUGCAAUACUUCCUUCGCGAGGCACCCAAAUUCGGGUUUUUCUUGGAUGCGAGGCGGCUCCUGACCGCGUUUGCAAAGCCGACCGCCACGAGGCCCCGCCCGCCGUCGGUCAUCCGCAACGCUAUCUACCUGUGGGGCAUCAACCUGUCGCGGAACCCGCAGUACACCGCGCGCGAGCCGCUCUUCCUGGGACGCGCCCUCCGGAGCGUGCACGUCGCGCUGUCGUCCGCGCACGAGCAGCAGCAGAACACGCUCUACGUCUUGCAGGCGGAGGUCCUCCUCGCGUACUACUUCUUCCACUGCGACCGCCUGCUCGAGGGCAAGUUCCACGCGAGCGCCGCCGUCUCGCUCGCGAUCAUGUGCAACCUGCACCAGAUCAACGCGCCCCAGGGCGGCGGCUUCCAGAGCGCGGGCCAGGCGUUCCUGCCCCCGCCCGCGGACCCCGUCGACGAGGCCGAGCGCAUCUACGCCUGGUGGACCACCUUCGUCCUCGACAAGUCCUGGGUCGUCGCGUUGUCGGCGCCCGCCAUGAUCAGCGAGACGCAGGAGCCGGGCACCGUCAUCCACACGCCCUGGCCUCUGACCGUCGACGAAUACGCUCAGCAACCGGCGUCCGCCCGUCCAAACGCAGGCUCGACGGUGCAGCGCUUCCUGGCGGACGUCACCGCCGACGGCGCGGCGUCCUCGCCCCUCGCGCUGAUCGCCAAGGCCGCGGCGCUGUACGAACGCGCGAGCGCGCUCGCGGCGCACACGGACACCAACAGUCAGUGCUCUCGCUCCGUCUUCACGCGGCACCGCCGGCUGACGGGCCUGCUCCUCCUCCUCGCGCUGCCGUCGGGUGUUGGUGACGGUGCCUCCCUUGCAGAGACCGCCGGGUACGAGGCCGCGCUGCUCGCGCUCGACGGCGCCGUCGAGCAGCUCAAGCAGGCGCUGCCGCCGCUCGAACGCGCAGGCUCCGUCGCGGCGCCCGCCGACGAACAUGCGACGCACAGCCUGCUCGUCCUCCACGGCCUCGCGCACGCCGCGACGGUCCAGCUGCACCGCGCGUUCGCGGAGCGCAGCGCGACGUCCCGCGCGCGCUGCCUCGCGUCUGCGUCCGCGCUCGUGCGCGUCGUGCACGAGCUCACGCGACGCCUCGCCGUCGUCUCGCCGCUCGUCGGGGUGCUCGCGGCGACGGCGGGCGAGGUGCUGGUGCACGGCCUGCAGAGCAUGCGCAGCGCGCGCACCGCCUGGGCGUCGUCCGCGGCGCUGCCGGGCGAGGACAAGUUUGCGCAGAGCACGAACCAGCUCGUCGCCGCGCUGGAGCGGCUGACGCAGAGCCCGUUCGUUGCGAGUCAGACUGCCAGGCUUCGCGAAGCGGCCGCGCAGUGAAUGAGGAUGAACUUUGCCUCGCCCCCCGCUGGACGCGUGUGCUAUCGAGGCGUUUCGCGCACGUCGGGGGACUGCACCCCCCGACUCCUGAGAAGUUUGUGACUCAUGCCUCCUCGUGGAUGGUCUCUGUUAUCUUAUUUUAUCCGGCCUUGGAGUCUAUCAAGUGGCUGUCAUCGCCGCUUUGAUUUGACAGUCAUGAACGAAUAUUUUCGCCCUCGAGCGUUUAUUAUUUAUGUAGCUGUAGAGCCUGGUCCUGUCCCAGCCAAGUUCUGUAUUCUUAGAGUAGAGUUCCGCGUGUAUGCCAGGUUAUUCGGAAUCCCUCAGACGUACCGAGGCGUCACGACGCGAUAGAGGCAAAGUUACGGUAUGCAGGGCGAGACUCCGGCCAACUUUGAUUGGUACCGAGACCCAGG